AUGAGCGGAUCCGAGCUUAGUUGGACACAACUCCCUUUCUUCCCCACGUCAUUCCCCUUCUAUACCUGCGUUGAUUCAGCAACCGCCAUCAUGUCGCAAAGUCAUGCCCUCUCGGAUGAUCAGGUCGCGGGCGAGCUCCGCAAGAUGACCGCGUUCAUCCGGCAGGAGGCGCUCGAGAAAGCCCGUGAGAUCCAGUUGAAGGCCGACGAAGAAUUUGCGAUCGAGAAGUCCAAGUUGGUGCGCCAGGAGACCGCCGCCAUCGACAUCCUCUACGAGAAGAAGUUCAAGCAGGCCGCCAUGUCCCAGCAGAUCACCCGCUCGACUCUCGCCAACCGGACCCGACUCCGCGUGCUCAGCGGCCGCCAGGAGCUCUUGGACGACCUCUUCCAGCAGGCUCGUGAUAAGGUUGCUACCGUUGCUGCCAACGACAAGAAGAAAUAUCAGACUAUGCUGCAAGGGCUUGUCCUCGAGGGCUUGUACUACCUGAACGAGGACAAAGUGGCUGUCCGCUCGCGCAAGAAGGAUUCCGAUAUUGCGAAGAAGGCCAUUGAGGAGGCUGCCAAGGAGUUCAAGAAGAAUGUCGGCCGGGAGGUGAAGGUCGAUCUGGACGAGUCAGAGCCGCUGCCGGAUGGAUCUGCCGGUGGUGUCUUUAUUGUCGGUGGCCAGGGCAAGAUCGAGAUCAACAACACCUUCGAAGAGCGUCUGCGCCUGUUGGAAAUCGAUGCUCUCCCCGCCGUCCGCGAAACAUUGUUUGGGAAGAACGUGAACCGGCGGUUCUAUGAUUAGAUUUGUUCUCGCUGGGCUCUUCACUUGUAUUUUCGUUGUUUAAUGGUUCGGGUACCUCUUUGUCUUAACCAUCUCCGUAGAGAGGG